CGAUAAUGAAGUCCUGGGAUUACCGAACCUUUUCCAAUCUGGAAAGAUGGUGGCAUGGUUUGACUCUUUUAAGCUUAGGCACCUGCGACGUAGAAUAGAAAACGGUGGCUCUCCGUAUAUCAUAAUUUACGGAAGACUUGUGCUUGUGCAAGCAUUAAUCUACUGUUUUUCACUAUUUGCAGCUAACAAUAGGGCACCACUUGAUCAAAGCAUCAGAUGAAGACAGGAGCCGUGUCGGAUUCAGACAACCAAUCAAAAUUUGCAAAUUGGAUUUGGGUUUACGCGGAGAGGUAUUUUCGAUCUGGGUCAUUUUUAAACUUUUCUGAAUCUCUAGAGAAGUUGGUAGUUUUGGGUGGUUUUUCUUCGUUCUUUCAAAGUUGUUCAGAACAAUAUAAAAGGUCAAAGGAUUGGAAUUGGUUUUGUUCUUGUGAUCUCAAGAAAUCACAUCGUCCGCCAUUAGCACUCGAUCUGACCUUCUCAGGGUAUGGAAUUCCACCAACAACACUCUAACAGUGAUGGGGUUUCUCAGAGAAUCAAUAGCCCAAGAUUUGCGGGAUCCGUGACACGAAGAGCUCACUCCUUCAAGCGAAAGAAUAGCAACAAUAGCAGCGGCAGUAACAGCCAUUGUACCCAACACGAGAUAGAUGUCCAGAUCAACUCCCCAAGAUCUGAAAACCCAAAUAAUCCUGCUUUGCAUGAUGGGUUGGUCUCACCGCCUGGAAGGAAGCAGACCCACAAUCAGAACCAGCGAGUUCUUGCCGGUGUUGCUCCUCUCUUCGGAAAGAAUUGUAAUCUUCUAAAGAAGCCAGUUGGAUCUAUUAUUGUUGAUCUGGUAUUGCGGCAGAGGAGGCGUCUGAGACGAUGGAUGUUCUUUCUAUUCUGCGGCUUCUCUUUGUUCUUGGGUGUUUUGAAGAUAUGCGCGAAUGGGUGGUUUGGAUCUUCUGUUGAACCAGCAGGGCCGUAUGUGGAUUUGUCUGACACCCGCAUCAUUGAUCAAACUCAUCAACAUGUACAUAGGGAGGGUGAAAGUGGUAUUGAACGGCCCCUAAUGAUGGUAGCAUCAAGCGUAGUUGACAACCAAAACAGAAUACUUGAAUACUCAGAUAUUUGGUCCAAGCCCGUCAGUGAGAAUUUCACUCAGUGUAUCGACCAGCCAAAGGGUGACAAAAAGCUGGAUGAUAAGACAAAUGGUUACCUUCUUGUAAAUGCAAAUGGAGGCUUGAAUCAGAUGAGAUUUGGGAUAUGCGAUAUGGUUGCUGUUGCUAAGAUGAUCAAGGCGACACUUGUCAUACCUUCACUUGAUCACACCUCCUUCUGGGCUGAUGAAAGUGGCUUCAAAGACCUUUUUGACUGGAAGCAUUUCAUAGAGACACUGAAAGAUGAUGUCCACAUUGUUGAGAAAUUACCACCUGACUGUGCUGGAAUUGAACCCUUCACAAAGACCCCAAUAUCCUGGUCCAAGGCCAGUUAUUAUAAAUCGGAGAUCCUCCCACUUCUGAAGCAGCACAAAGUUCUGUACUUCACACAUACUGAUUCCCGACUUGCCAAUAAUGGACUUCCGAAUUCCAUACAAAAGCUGAGGUGCCAUGUGGACUAUAGAGCAUUGAAAUAUUCAGACCCAAUUGAAGAAAUUGGGAACACCUUGGUUUCAAGGAUGCAAGAGAGUGGAAGCCCUUACGUAGCUCUCCAUUUAAGGUAUGAGAAGGAUAUGCUGGCAUUUACUGGCUGUAGUCAUAAUUUGACAGCAGAGGAAGAUGAGGAGCUCCGGAGAAUGCGUUAUGAAGUUCAUCAUUGGAAGGAGAAGGAGAUUGAUGGGUCUGAGAGAAGGAAGCUGGGGGGUUGCCCAUUGACUCCAAGAGAGACUUCCCUUCUGCUCAGAGGUUUGGGUUUCUCAUCGAAUACCAGGAUUUAUUUGGUGGCUGGGGAAGCUUAUGGGGAUGGAAGCAUGGAAUAUCUUACGAAUGAUUUCCCAAACAUCUUCUCUCAUUCUACUCUUUCUACGGAAGAAGAGUUGAAUCCUUUCAGAGAUCACCAGAACAUGCUCGCAGGUUUGGACUAUGUUGUUGCUCUUCAGAGUGAUGUUUUUAUUUACACCUACGAUGGGAAUAUGGCAAAAGCUGUGCAAGGUCAUAGACGCUUUGAGGGCUUCAGGAAAACCAUCAGCCCAGAGAGGCAUAAUUUUGUGAAACUUGUUGAUGAACUUGAUGAAGGAAAGAUCUCUUGGAAGAAAUUCAGUUCAAAAGUGAAGAAGCUUCACAAAGAUCGAAUUGGAGGUCCAUAUCUCAGGGAGCCUGGAGAGUUUCCUAAGCUGGAGGAGAGCUUCUAUGCAAACCCUCUUCCAGGAUGCAUAUGUGAAAAUCACCUAACAAGAAGUAAGAGUUAAUGAUUAUGGAAUACAUUCUUCUUUCACGGCGUGAACCACAUCAAAGCCAAGCAAAGCCGGAAAGGUUCCUGGCAUGGUUGUGAAUAUGUUUUUUCAAACAGUGGUGAGCUCAGAAAAGGCCAUCUAGAAGAAAAUAUCGCCGUGUCUGCAAAACCAUCUAAAAGGAAGCUGAAUGGAACCAACUCGAGAAGAUUAUUAUAUUUCAUACAGCUAAACUAAAGAGGAAGCAAGAGAUGGCUGUGUUGAUUAUUUUCAAAAGGAUGAACAGAAUACAUACACUAAAGCUGAAGCUCCAGAAACUGCAGGACAUACAGCAAUCACGUGGAGUAGGUUUUGUGCAAUGUAUAAUCUUGUUAAUGUAGCUUGGAUAAUUUGACUGGGGAUACAAAGGAUGCACAAACUGAUUGGCUGUGUGUCAUUCUCUUCAUGUAAUGAGAAGAAAUAAAAUGGAAAUGAUCAUUCUUGUGCUGCCGUACAAA